GUCUCUAAAGCGACAAUUCCGUAUUCUGAUAACAUGGCGUUGGUGCUGAUUGAACGUACGCUCGAUUUCUCUCCACCUCUUUGCUCGUUUUGUCAGGUCCUGAUCGCCUCCGAGCUCGAUCGGUUCAAGGUCCUUGCUAAUAACCUACACUACCCGGAACGCGAUGAGUCUUCAAAACGACGUAAUUUUAAGAAGCGUGAAAAAUGCGGACUCUGCGAUUAUACGAUCAAUAUUCUAGAUGUCAAGGGCACUGAUUGGAGAGCCGGUGAAAAGGAAAAGCUUAUGACUAUGAGAGGACUUCUUUAUCCGAAAAACAAAGCAGGUGAUCAGGGAAGAAUGGAUGUAUCGCUUGGAAGCGGGUCUCGUCUGACUACUACGCUUUGUACACUAUUGAUAAAUCCCACGAAACAUGCUGAACCACGUUUAUGGUCGAGCCUUGCACCGGAGAAAUCAUCCAUUUCGCGUCUUACACUUUCCAAAACUUGGCUUUCCAAUUGCCUUGCCAAUCAUGGCCAAUGCAAAACUCUUGAGGCACAAACCAGCUACGGCUGUCCUACACGUCUCAUAGAUGUCUCGUCCGAGACUCCUCAUCUAGUAUCCUUCCCACCUGGCACGAACGUAGAGUAUGUCGCUCUUUCCCACUGUUGGGGGCGCCACCAACCGAUCACUACAACGGAAGGCAAUAUCAUGAGACACGGAUCCGCCAUACCUCUCUCAUCAAUGCCAAAGACAUUUCGGGAUGCUAUAAUGAUAACUAAAGAACUCGAGAUACAGUAUAUCUGGAUAGAUUCGCUCUGCAUAAUUCAAGACUCAGUCUCGGAUUGGGAACACGAAGCCGCACAGAUGGCAUCCGUGUAUCUCGGAGCUCUUUUCGCUGUAGCAGCAGUGUGGGGAACCGAUGGGACUUGUGGAUGCUUCCACGAUCAUCAACCAUCAUUGCGCAUCUCAAUUGAUGAAAAACGCAAAACCGACACACAUAUCACAGAGGAAACUCACCACAUGUAUCUACGCCCCUUUCCGGAAGGUAAAAGACAUUUAGCAGAAGCAGUCUUAAAUACACGGGCCUGGACACUACAAGAGAUAGUCCUGAGUCGGAGAACCAUUUUCUUUGCAGAGGAUCAGAUGUAUUGGUACUGUACCUCACUCUACGAGUCGGAAGAUGGCCUGGAUUCGGUACAGGCCGUAGCUGAUACAGCGCUCAACCUUCCCUCCCUAGGUCCCGUCGCACGGCAUGGUAAUCAGUCAAAAGAUAUGUUGUACGAAAGCUGGCAAGUUACGAUGAAGUCAUACUCUGCGAGACAUUUGACGAAGGGCGGAGAUAAGUUUGCUGCGUUGGCAGGAAUUACCGAGUUCUUCGGUGGCCUCGUGGAAGACAAGGCCGUGGCCGGGCUGUGGAAAGGGGAUUUAGGGAGGGGGUUGAUGUGGCAGGUUCCGGUGGGUGAACAUGGGAAAAUGGAUCGAGACGUGGUUGCAAAGCUGAGUGUUCCGAGUUGGUCGUGGGCUAAAAUGAAAGGACAGGUUGAUACAAGUGUUGCGGAUACGGAAAUGUGCGUACAAAAUCUGGACCCGGCAGUGGUGUGGGAGAAAUUACCAAUGACAAGCAAAAUUCAGUAUGCGUACAUUCGAGGAAGAGGAAGAACUUUGAAGAUUUUGGAAGUACAGAAAGAGCCGGACGAGGCAUGCUUCUGCUUAGGAUCGAGACGUGUUACUGUCCAAGUAGAUGCAUGUGAGGCGUGGAACUGCAAUGUCUAUUGGCGUAUGGAUGAGUGUACGGAGGAGAUAGAAAAAGACCUGAGUUUUCUUCUCGUUCGAUUCAACGACGUAAGAGAUAAAAGGAAGUCGGAUGAGUCGGUUACGGAAAUCGAAGGUUUGGUGAUUGCAGCGGCAGGAGAUACCCAUUCAGACUACACAUUUCGAAGAAUAGGAGCGGGUCAGGUUAUAGGAUUCCCAUGGGCGCUCUAUAAAAAGAUCCCAUUAGCAGAUUUUACGCUAAUAUCAGAGUUCAUGGGAGCUGUUUUCGGCAAGGAAGUUGAGUUGAGAGACUGCGUCCGUGUCCAACUUUCAAGAUGUGUUUGCCUUGCGUACGCAAAGCUUAGCUAACUCUAAAUUCAUCUGACCCGAUUGGUGGCUCU